UCCUCCUCCUACGCCUCCUCCUCCUCCUUCAUCUCCUCCCCGUCUCCCCCAGAUGCAUCCCCACCAUGGGGAUGAUUACCCCUACGUGGACCCCUUUAGGCGUUCCGUCACACUCGUUUACAGCGUUGGACGGACAACCCUAGCCGAGAGACGAGAACGUAAAGCUCAUCGCCCACAGAAUCGUCAAGGCAGCACGCCCCCAGUGCAGUCUGGAGAGCAACACUUCGCGGCCAGGCUCCCAUCAUUCACAGAGUUCCUCCACACCACCCGCGUACCAACACCACCACGGACACCAUCUCGCCAGCUAGGCUCGGCUCCCACUUCUCCGCCAAAAUUUGAUGACAUUGCCUGGCAAGACCCUGGGCGGAGACGCCAUGACACUCUCGGCGAUAUCUACGCGCGCUCGUCUAAUCAUCCGGAGUACUCAUCUAGAGACCCCCGGCGCAGCAGUUCUGCAAUCGACCCUGCCCUUAUCUCACAAUACAGCUUGCUUCAAAUUGCGUCAAAUGGGACAAGCCCGCAGGACCAGCAGCAUCACCACCACCAGCGUUCAAGCGUACCCUAUCCUGCACAUACAUCCACAGUAUCUCACGGUCAUCAGCCCACAUCUCCAGGAUCUCAAGCUUAUGCCACAUAUCACAUGGGUGAUGGGCUUUCGUCCUCUGCACCAGUGCAUCCUUCCAUGUUCCAAAUGGGUGGUGGGCCUGUCUACGCAGUUGCUCGUCCUAGCUACCAACCUGGAUACCCAUCGCAACCGUACGACGUUCAAUUCCACCAGCACAUUGGCCACGACCCUAAUGCCUUCACCAGGAAGCGACGAGGCAACCUUCCCAAAGAAGCCACUAAUCGCAUGAAAGAGUGGUUCGCUGCAAACCGGGUGUCGCCUUAUCCCACCGAAGAUCAGAAGUUGGCCUUCUGUCAUCAAACCGGCCUGUCAAUGAAUCAGGUCUCGAACUGGUUCAUCAACGCUCGGCGUCGUGCCCCACAGAAGGAGCAGCGCGAGCGAGAGGCCAAGCAAGAGGCCAAACAAGGGUAGUUGCAUGCUCUAGUCAUGUACUGUGGUCCCUGUCCCCGUAUCUCUGCUCUUCCUGCGAAUCUCUAGUUCGUCAGCACUAUCGAUCAAGAUAGUCUUGCCCAACCCAUGAGCGUACAGUGGCGAAUUGCUUGAUGCUCAGGGGGGGAUCACAUGUGGUAG